UGGCGCUUGUGUACGUACGACAUUUAUGUUUGAAAAAAACGUCGCCUUGACGACGAAUUUUGUGAAUUUUCUAUGUACUAUUUGCGUGAUUGUAAUAUGAAUGACUUAAAUUAUGGAUGACACAGAAAAAUUAACGCCUCAUACAACAGACCACAAGAAUGUCCUUCCGGAUGUCGUACAUUCUCAACAGAUUCCCAACAUGAGCACGAUCGAAGACGAUGAAUCGGAAUCUGCUCUCGAUACAGGUCAGACUGCUGAAGGCGGCAAAUCGCAACAUGUCGAGGUCGAUGAUGAAACAGAGUCAAUAUCUGAACAUGUCCCAUCCGAAAUUGAAUAUUCCGUAACCGAGUCGGGCGAUUUAAACGAAGGGCAGACAUCUCAUGAUAUAUUAAAUGUUGAUAAAGGGAAUACCUCAGAUAACAGCGCAAAUAUUCCUGUCCCACAUUCUAAUAACAGCAACCUUGAAGAUCCUUCCAAGCUCUCUUGGAAUGUUGAUAAUAAUACUCAUAUUAGCAAAGAGAGCCCUGUUAAUUUGACUAUGUCAAUUGAUUCAAAGGGAAUUCUCUCAAAGUCUUUAUCACUUCAUUCUGACAAUAAUGAACAAAAAGAGCUUGAAAAUGAAAGUAGUAUUAAAUCUGACCACUCUGACCAACAGCAGGAUGAUCAAAAAGAUGAAGUUGAUAGUCCAAAGGAGUCACUUUGUAGUGAAUAUCUUGAUUCACUGAAUGAAGAUGUCAGUCAAAAUUCCUAUUCAAACAAUGAAAAUAAUAUAUCUGAUACUUCAAAACACUUUGAACAUAAAGCUGAGGGAACUCCCAGAGACAGCUCUGAAUCUGAGGAGAUCAUUAAGCUAGAUAUUAGAGGUCAUGGUGUACCUAAAUUUCCUAUGCAAGCGGCAAAAAUUAUCUUUGGUCCGCCCCCUGAAGGUGGCACAGUUAUCGAGAGCCAAAUUGCUCCAAUUCCUGCAUUCCAGAAUUUAUUAUCACCAUUUUUAGUUGUUGGCAAUGAGGGGGUAAAGGUUGAGGAGAUUUAUGAUGAAGUGGAACAGAAGAGCCAACAGGCUUCACCGGAAAAGUCACCAAUGGAGAGUCUGUCAAGUGAUAAAACUGAAAAGGAUCUAUUAAUUGAAGAAAUGACAGUUGAAAAUGCAAAAGAAAAAGAUGAAGAGAGUCCGAGGCAGUUGAAGUCAAUGCCAGUAGAGGAGACAAUUUCAAUGAGUACAAUGACAACGGAUUAUAAGACUAUAUGCGAGGAAUAUCAAGAGAAGCUUGUGUACCUCGAAGACGCGAUGACGCGACGUGACGAAUUAAUCGCGGAACUGACCGUCUCGUUACAGCGAUCCGUCCAGGAACGGGACCAGCUCAAACAUGACAACCACCAUCUGGUGGACGAACUGCAGCACUUGCAGCACGUCACCGCUGACGCACCACUAUCCGAACAUGACACAGUAAAAGCGCAACUGUCCGAUUUUAUCAAGUACCAGUCCAUGGUCAAAGAUGACACCACAAAGUUCUAUUCCGCCGUGAUGAGUGGCACAACAUCUUUGCAGUGUUCCAAUGGUGAAAAAGAUAUUGACAGAGAGGAAAUCACAGUUAACUAUUCCAAAUCUGAUUUAAGAUCUUCCGAUACGGACGAAUUUGAAAACGGUUUUGAGGUUAAAGUGGUGACGUUGUUAAAUAAAUUCGAAGAGUAUAUAGAAGAGAAUUUAAGAAAUAAACUGCGCGAAAGUAUUAUUCAGGUAUUGUGCGAUGAAAUUGGCAAGAUGCGUAUAGAUUUCGAUACGGAAAUGAAAGAUAUGGAAGCUCAGUUGCAACAAGACAAACAAGCGUAUAGUAUCGAGACUCGCCGGCUGCGGGAGCUGCUGGCCUGCGUAAAAGCGGGCAACGCAGACAUCGACGCCUUGAGAGAGGAGCUCAGCAUCAAGCAUGAGAAAGAGAUGGAGAAUCUACGGACAUAUUUCGAAAAGAAAUGCUCUGAUAUGGAAAGAAGCUACUCUGAGGAGGUGUGGCGCGGGCGCGCGUGCGUGUCGCCCCCGAGCGGCGCGGCGUCCGAGUGCGCGGACGCGGCCGCCGGCGACUGCAGGCGGCGCACGCGCAGCGCCGACUUACCCUCGCUCACAUUCGAGUCGACUCCGAUGGAGCAGUUGAUAAAGCAAUUACACAAGAAGUACGAACAACAAUUGGAGGAGAUGCGCGGCGAGCACGCGGCGUAUGUGUGCGACCUACGCGACAAGCACGCGGAGCGAGUCGCCGCGCUGGAGGAACAGAUUAACCAACUGAAAGCGCACAUCCAGACAGCGGAGAACACGGAGGGAAAUGUGUCCAUUUACCCACAAGACAUUGACAUGGAGCUGGAGAAGGAUGCAGUGGAGAAUAGACUGGAAGAGGUCCGUCAGGAAGUGCUGGACCAAAUACAAGAGCAGAUUAAGGUGUUGCUGUCGGACCCCGACGCGGAGCUGUCGAGCUGGCCGCUGGAGCUGGUGGCGCUGCGUGACAGGAUACACGGGGACGCGCGCGCCCUCCAUGACAAGGAGGUGCCGAGCCUGCGCGAGGAGGCGCCCAGCGCGGCCGAGGCUGACAAAUGGCGCCAGCGACGCUACAACAGCUUCGACCAGAACCGGCAGCUCGAGGAGGUCACUAAGGAGAGAGAUGCGCUGCAGCGUGUAGCGGCGUCGCUGCAGCGCUGCGUGGGCCAGCUGGUGGCGUACUGCGCCAGCGCCGAGGACGAGCUCAACCGCACCGUGCUCGCGCGUCUGCUCGCCACGCUGCUGCCAGACGAACAGUCAUUUGUGGAGGAGUGCGGGCGGGUGAGCGUCGGCGAAGUGUCGCUGGACAGCAGCUGCGAGCUGGACGCGAGCGCAGUGGGUGGCGGGGGUGGUCGCGCGCGGCACGUGCACUUCGCGCCGGAGCUGGGCGGCGUGCUGGCGGCGCUGGACGAGGCGGGCGCGGCCGGCUUCCUGCAGCACCAGCGCGACCUCAGCGCGGACAUCAAGCGGGAGCUCGAGCACUCGCUGCGCCGUCUGCGACACGAGGCCCACGAGCUGCUCGACCUCUCCGCGCGUCUCGCCGCCAACAAAAGGAACCCAGAAACGAGAAUGCUGGAAUCGAGUCAAGUUGAAAUCAAGGAGCUCGAGGACGAACCCGAAGAGAAACAGAAGUCUUGUGAUAAUUGUGAAUUACAUAAAAAGUCGAUGGAGGAGGCGAUGUCGGAGUGCCUGCAGCGCGAGGGUCUGCUGCGCGCGGACCUGGACGCCGCCAUGGUCAAGAUCGCGCACCUCAUGACCGACCGCGCCCCCUCUGAUGACGUCAUAGCCGAGGGGUACGGCACGUGCUCGGCUCUGGAGAGGCGCGCGUGCGCGGGAGUGACGCGCUCGCUGGAGGAGGCCUCGCCGCGCUCACAGCUGCACGCGCUCGCACGUGACCUCGACCUCAUGCAGCGCGACCGCGACGACCUCCAGCAGCAGGUGGAGGCGGCCAACCGUCAGCUGAGGUCGACGCGCCAGUUCGUGGAGGAGCAGGCGGCGGAGCGCGAGCACGAGCGCGACGAGUUCGCGCGCCGCCUGCACGACCUGCGCGACGACAACCAGCGCCUGCUCGCGCGUCUGCAGACCAACGCCAGGAUACUCGCCGAGAUGCACGAGCUGAGCGCGCACUGCCGGGUGCCCAAAGUGGAGCAAUUGGAAGCUCAAACGCGGGAAAUGAACCAGAUCAUAACCGACCUCGAAGCGAAGAAAGCCAGCUCCGACGAGGAACUCAAGUCGUACGAGGAGAAGGUGGUCCUGCUGCGGGACAUCAUCGCCAACCUGGAGAGCCAGCUGGAGCAGAAGAACAAGAGGGAAGCGGACAUCCUGCAGCAGCUGGAGGGCAUGAAGCAGACGAUAGAAGACAGGGACAGCAAGAUGAGAGCUCUGCUCGGUGAGCUGGAGUCUCUGAAGAACGAGAAGGUCGACCAGAGCCAACAUGUUUGUGAGAAUUGUAAGAGAGAAGAGGAGAGGUAUAAGGAACUACUCGAUAAUAUUACGGAACAGUGUCGGUGGGUGGAGAGCGAGGUGCACGUGCGCACGCGGGUGCUGCAGCAGGCGCACGAGCACGCCUCCGCCUCCGUCUCCGCGUGCUGCAGCGAGCCCAGCGAGGACGUCUCGCUGCGGGAACACAACGCGCCGCCGCCCCCGCAGGAGGAGCGGGGAGAGGGCGGAGAGGGAGGGCAGAGGGAGUGGGUGCCGGGGCUGGUGUCGGUGCGCGAGGCGGUGCGCGUGCUGGCGCGCGCGGAGGACGCCGCGCUCAAGCGAGUGGCGGACCUGCGCAUGCAGCGCGACCAGCUGCGCGACGUCGCUCAGGAGGUGCGUGCGGAGCGCGACGUGCUGCAGGCGCGCAUGUCUGAGCAGGCGCUGCGCAUCUCCUCGCUGUCCGCACGACUGACGCGCCAGCGGCACGACGCAGACGCGCUCGCGCACGCCGCGCACUCCCAUCUCGGCGUGCAGCUGCACGACGCCAACGCGGAGGUACAAAGGUUAAAAGAGGAGCUGGAAACGAAGGACAAACAGUUAGCGCGCCUGAAACAGACCUUGGAAGACAAGAACAAGGCGGAGCACGCGACCUACGGUGACUCCGGCAAUGUGAAGGAGAAGGUGUGCGGGCUGGAGCGCGAGCUGGCGGCGGCGCAGCAGCGCGGCGGGCAGCUGCAGGCGCAGGUGGAGGCGCUGGCCGCAGACAACCGCCGCCUGCAGCACGCGCUGACGCACCACGACCACCACCUCCACCUCCGGGACCUCGCGGCUUUGAAGCUGGAGGAGGAGGAUCCCCACCAGAGGAGCGAUCGCGGCGAGGGCAAGACGUCCGCCCGCACGCUCAGCGACAUCGUCUCCAUAUCGGAGUUCGACGAGCAGGACCUGCAGAUGCGGCGCGCCGAGCUGCGCCCGCACGAGCCGAGCCCGCUCGCCGCACACGACAAGAGCGCCGCCGAGCGCACGCUGCCGCCCGACCUGCGCCCUCACACCGUCACCUCGCUGCACCUCGACCUCCAAGACCGCCUCCCCCUCACGCCCCGCGCAGACUCCCUCCCCCCGCAUCUCACCUCCACGCACAACAGAGAGGAACACUACAAGAGGAACGUCAACGAGACCACGGUCUUCGGCGACCACAGGCCCUCGCCUCUCAACAUUAUCGACAACUGUUCCCUCUAUCCCAACAGGGACGUCAGCGAUAGUAGGAAUGUCAGCGUGGAACCGAAGAAGAUCGACUUCUCUUUGGAAACCACGGACAACAAAACCCAGGAGGAGGAAUUCGCCUCGCUCCGGGAGCUGGGCAUCACGAUGGACGUCCGACAGGAAAAUUUCCCCGACAUUCUGACUCAGCUGAAGCAUGAAGUUAAGAAAGCGAGACGCGAACUGGAAAGUUGCAAAUCUGACCUGAAAAACGCCGAGGAGCAGCUGUGCGAGUUUCCGGCUUUGAAAGAGGAGGUCGACGAGCUGAAGGCCCUUCUGGAGAACACGAUGGCCACCAUGGAGAAGGACAAGAAGUUCUACGAAAACCAAUUGGAGAAUUUCUCCACGAACAAGAAGCAACUCGAACAGAGGAUGGCGGAGUUGACGCAAGAGGUCAGCGAUAAAUCUAAAGACUUGCAUUUGCUCAAGGAGGACAUCCUCCGAAGGGAGAAUAUGAUUUUAGAAUUAGCCAAAGAGAAACGAAACUUGACUAACAGAUUAAAUGAAUUGGAAACCAAAGUUGACGAGCUUCAGAGCCGAAACGAGGCUCUGCAGCAAUACGAAAUGGAAACGCACACGAUGAGAGAGAAAGUGAAACAAUUGGAGAAGUUGGAGCAGCUGGUGUCGGAGAAGAAUCAGCAAAUCGAUAGCCUGAACCAACAUCUGGACAGACUGGACGACCUGCAGAGAAAUCUCAACGACAAAACUGAGGAACUUGAAAAAUUAAAAGUUGCCCUGCAUCAAAAGACAAAAGAAUUAUAUCAGGUACAAGCGACGGUCUCAUCCUUGACCUGCGACAUGGAGAGACUCACCGAGGAGAACAACGAACUCAACGAUCAUAACAAGGAACUUAAACUGAAAAUGUCCAAAUUGGAGAAGGAACAAGAGAACGCCUCCUUAAGAUUACAGAAUAGCGAAAACGAACUCGAAAGGCUGAACUCCAUAAACAAGGAGCUGUCCUCCAAGAUCGAGGAACUAAAAGUUAUCAACGACCAACUAAAAGAUAAAGAGGCAGAGAUCGAGAUCCUCACCGAAGACCUUAACGCCUACCACAGUGAGAUAUGUUCUCUGAAAGACCAGCUGGAGAUAGUGUCGCGCAGUCCCUCCCCGGGCAGCGCGCGGCCGCACGCGCAGGGCGAGGAGCGGCGCGCGCCCGCAGACCGGCGCCAGCUGCACGCCAUCAGGAAGCAGAUCUCUUUGCUGCAGCACGAGCUGGACUUUAAUAAGAAGGAGCUAAAUUGUAAGGCCUUCGAAUUGGCGAAAGCGAAGCUGGAUGUGAACGAGCUGAAAAACAACGCGAGCCAGGCGGCCAAGCUGGUGGCGGACAAGGAGGCGCAGAACGAGGAGCUGGCGCUGCAGGCGGCGGCGCUGCGCAACGACCUGCGCCACCUCGCCGACGAGAAGCACCAGCUCAGCCAGCAGCUCGACAUGCUCCUCGCCAGAUUAAGAGAAGAGUCGAAUGUGAGUGAGAUCAGAGCCAAGCUGCGGGAGAAGGCGGAGAGCUGCCACGAGCUGGAGAUGGAGCUGCACGACAUGCGGGACCGCGUCGACAGCAGGCGCGGCACGUCGCGCUCGCCGACCGCGGAGCUGGAGCGUGCGCUGCGCGACCAGCUGCACUACUCCAACGCGCUCGACGAGCACAUCAUGGACCAGAUACUGUCGGCGAGCAGUGAGGAGCACGAGGAGAUUCCGCGGCUCGCAUUAAACACUUCUAAGUCGUCGAGCUCCGUGGCGUCGACGUCGUCGGAGCGCGCGUGCCGGCUGCGCGCGCAGGUGCAGCAGCUGCAGCUGCAGGUGGAGGGGCUGCAGGCGCGUCUGCAGGACAAGGACGCCCUCAUUGCGGAGCUCAACCGGAUACGGGACAAGCUGGUGCAGGACUGGCAGACGGUGAACUGUCGGUACGAGGCGGAGCGCGACAACUCGGGCCGCCUGCAGCUGCUGCUCGACGCUCAGAAGGACACCGCCGAGAGUCUGCAGAACCAGGACUCGAACAUGAUCCAGAUCCUAAAGAAGCGUCUGGAGAGCGCCAUGCAGUCGGAGGGCGAGCUGCUGGAGCGCGAGCAGCGCCUGCGCCGUCGGCUGGCGGACCUCGAAGCCGGCCAGCCCGCGCCGCACGAACAGAUGCACGCGCAGCUGGAGGUGGCGGAGAAGCUGAAGGGCGAGGUGUCGGUGCUGCGCUCCAAGCUGGAGUGCGAGAGAGCGCGCGCCGACGAGCUGGCCGCGCAGCUGCAGCUGGCCCGCUCGCACCUCGAGGACCGGACGCGCGCCGCCGCAGACCUGCGCGCUCAGCUCGCACAGCUUAAACGAACAAAGUACGAGGCGGGCGUGGAGCUGGCGCGGCACAAGGAGCUGGUGGGCACGCAGGCCGCCGCCGUCGCGCACCUCGAGCGACAGCUGGCGGCCGCCGCAGCCGCGCACCGCUCGCCCAACAACUCUCUGACCGAGAUCGAGGGUCAGAAGAGCGAGCUGGCGCGCGAAAUAGCGACGCUGCGCAAGUGUCUGCAGAGUGAGCACCCCGAGGUGAGCACGCUGCGCGCCGAGCGCCAGCGUCUGCAGGCCGAGCUGCACGCGCUGCGCCGCGAGCUGGACGCGCGCGCGCCCGCCACGCCCCUGCACGCCCCCGACACGCCCCACAACGCACAAGACAAAGACCAAGCGAUCCGCUACCUGCACGGGCGCUGCGUGCGGCUGGAGAGCUGGCGCAAGGCGCUGGUGUGGCAGAAGCGGUACCUGCAGCGCGUGCUGGCCGGCUACGCGCGCCUCGAGCGCUCCCUCGCGCCCCGCCCCCAGCCCCGCCCCGCCGGCAAGAAACUCUUCAAAUGCGUGGUGACGGUGGUGAUAACAGUGCUGCGCAUGGGGUAUGUGGUGCGACGCAGGUAUGCCGCGCGCAGCGCCGCCUCCUGCCUGCUGCGAUCCGCACACGACGCAGACGACCACGUCCCGCCCGACCCCGCCUCCGCCUCCGCCUCCGCCUCCGCGCACCACGCCUCCAGAAUUAACCUUAUGAGCACGCCGGCGGUGUCGCCGCGGUGCGUGCUGUCCCGGCGGCUGAAGCUGGCCCCCACGCCCGCCCCGCACUCGCCCCAGUCCCCGCUUGUGCCCCACCUGCCCCAGACGCCGCGCGUGCCCCACCUGCCCCACGUGCCCCACGUGCCCCACCUGCCCCAGUCCCCGCUCACCGCAUACGGCGCACUAACGCCGCUCGCUGCCCGCGCAGUGGAUGACGACGUAAGAAAAACCCCCGGCGGCGUCAGCACGCCGCGGAAUGAAUUCUAUUUAAUGAGUUCACCCCGGGGCGACGUGGCGAGUGCCUACAUGAGCAAGCUGGAUGCGGUCAGCCGCUGCCUUAGCCAGGUGCUGGAGUCUCCGCGGGACGUGCCGUGACCUACGCACGCGCACUCGCUCCGCCCACUGUGCCCGCCCACAUCACUGGCCCCGCCCACUGCGCCGCUCACUUCACAGGCCCCGCGCACACAAGUCGACUCCACCCAAUACUCGAUACCAAAACAAUUAACUUAAUUACAUUGAAUUUAUUAAUUCUCCGCCUUAUAAUGGUGCCUUAAUAUUUCGCGUAUAUAAAUGUCAUUAAUCAAAUAUUGCACAAUUUUUCUAAUAUUUAUGUAAU